AGGGAGAAGUAAAUACUAGUAGGUCGUCCAAAUUGUUUUCUUUUCACCGCUUACUUCUAAACCUGCAGCCAAUCGGUUAGGAAUCGCAUCGACGACGACGACGACGACAUCGUCUGCUGCAGACAACCAGAUACAGUCUCGAGUGUAAAACCCGAGCCACUCCUAAACAGCCAAUCUACUUAUCAUCAUCUUUUGACGUUAAAGAAAACAAAAAAGACAUCAUGGGAGUGGGUUACGAUAGUGACGAAGAAAACACAAUUGAAGAAUGCCCACUAGCCGACGAUCUCAAGCUAGUGGCCAAACAAGAACUACGCGAAGACGAUGAUAUUAGAACUCACUCACUCAGAGCCAUGAGAAAUUGGAUAAAAAAACAUCCUGAUAUUAUCAAUUGUCGCACAGAUGCACCCUUUUUACUUAGAUUUCUAAGAACAAAAAAAUUCAGUGUACCAAUGGCACAAGAAAUGCUAGAGAGGUAUUUAGUUAUAAGACAAUUAUAUCCACAAUGGUAUCAGAAAUUAGACAUAGAAGAUCCCUUAAUAUCGGAUAUUAUUGAUAGCGGAUUCCUCAUACCGUUACCUGGCCGAGAUGAAUUCGGUAGAUGUGUUCUUUUUUCAUCAAUUGGCCGGUUUGAUCCAUAUAAGUACACAGCGGAUGAAAUGAUUAGAGCAUAUUCCUUAAUAAGUGAAAGUUUGUUGGACGAUCCCGAAAAUCAAAUUAAAGGAUAUAACUAUACCAACGACGAAUCUGGUAUGUUAAUGGGUCAUUUAACAAUUUGGUCAUUCACCAACGUAAAACGUAUCAUUCGCAUCCUACAGAAUUCAAUACCAAUGAGACAUAAAGCAUCAUAUUUUAUCAACGUACCAAAUUUUGCAGACAAAUUUUUCACAAUAACCGUUUCAUUUUUGAGCAACAAAUUAAAAAGUCGAGUAAAAUUCUUUACCGGGCAAAAAGAGCUCCAAGAAUGUAUUGAUCCUAAAUAUCUCCCAAAAGAAUACGGAGGUGAAAUACCUUUAGCAACCAUGAUAGCUGAUUUGAAAAAGAAACUUCAAUCACAACGUGAUAAGUUAUUGGCUCUAGAUGAUAUGAAAAUCAACAUCAACAGCAAAGGGAAAAUUAUCAGUGAAUUUGAUGACAUACAAGAAGAACUAGUAGGAUCAUUUAGAAAGUUGGAAGUAGAUUAAAGAUGUAUAGUUUUAUUAUUAUUAUGUUUGUUAUCAUAAUAUUAUUUUAUCUAUUUUCGUGAUUAUAUAUUAUAAUUAGUUAUGUUACUGACUUUAUUUCUAACAAGAUGAAAUAAACAUUGGGAUUCAACAAGUUUCAUUAAA